AUGUCUUAUUCGUGUGUAUAUUCAUUGGCUUUAAAAGCUUUCACACAUAGGGAGCCCCUCUAUAAUGUUGCGGCCUACUUCUCCUACGCCUCCGCCAAAAUGAAUAACCCACUGGAGUCGCCUGAUUACUUUGGUCUUCGGCACGUCAUUUCAGUGGAACAACUUUUUAAAGUCCGAGCUCACCUUGGACAUCGGUCUAUGCUGCGAAACCCAUACAUGACGCCCUAUCUCUUCGGAACUCGCCAAGGAAUCGACAUUUUUGACCUCGAACAAACAGUAGAACUGCUCUUUGAUGCGCUGAACUUUACUGCUCAUAUUGCCUAUCGUGGCGGAAUCAUAUUAUUCAUGAUACAACACAGACAAAUGAUGCAAUUAGUGGAGAAAACUGCAAAGAUGGUUGGUGAGUACUCCUAUUGCAGACCUUGGGGCGGUGGCGUAUUCACGGAUUCAUCCAACUUUUUUGGCUCGACGACGCGAUUGCCGGACCUCAUAAUAAUGCUGAACACCGUCACUCCUAUCGGUUCAGGUCACGUAGCGGUUCGGGAUGCAGCUAAAAUGCUUAUUCCCACAGUCGGCAUAGUAGACUCAAACUGUGACCCUCGUCUCAUCACCUAUCCAGUGCCUGGCAAUGAUGACUCACCAGUUACUAUCCGCUAUUGGUGUGGCCUUUUCGCGGAGGCCGUCGCCCACGGCAAGCGGCGAGCAAAAAGAGACGAACAAAUGAAAAAGCAACUGGCGGCCUCGGAGCAGUCCAAAACUUGA